CUCCCCAGUUCACGGAUGAACACCCUUCCUUGACCGCAAUCCUUCCGCUCUCGACUGUUAUGUAAAACCCCCGCUUCUGUUCUCGAAAGUUGACGGUAAAGUUGAGUUGUUGUUGUAAAGCGAGAUAUUUUAUUGACGGUAUCGUGUGACUGCAGACUCAGAGCGAUGGUGCUGAAAUCCGAGGACGGUGUCGUGCCUGACGACCUCACUCCUGAGGAGCAGAAAGAACUGGAAAACAUCCGCCGGCGAAAGCAGGAGCUGCUGGACGACAUUCAGCGUCUGAAAGAUGAGAUAGCCGAAGUGACUAGUGAGAUCGAGAACCUGGGUUCCACAGAGGAGAGGAAAAACAUGCAGAGGAACAAACAAGUGGGAAUGGGCCGCAAGAAAUUCAACAUGGACCCCAAAAAGGGGAUCCAGUUCCUCAUUGAAAAUGACCUUGUGAAGAACACCAGUGAAGACAUCGCACGCUUCCUCUACAAGGGUGAAGGUCUUAACAAGACUGCAAUAGGAGACUACCUGGGAGAGAGGGAUGACUUCAAUAUCCAAGUCCUUCAUGCUUUUGUGGAGCUGCACGAGUUCACAGAUUUGAACCUGGUUCAGGCUCUCAGGCAGUUUCUCUGGAGUUUCAGACUUCCUGGUGAGGCCCAGAAGAUUGACAGAAUGAUGGAGGCAUUUGCCCAGCGCUACUGCCAGUGCAACCCGGGAGUCUUUCAGUCCACAGACACAUGCUACAUUUUGUCCUUCGCCGUCAUCAUGUUAAACACCAGCCUUCACAACCCAAACGUUAAGGACAAGCCCACAGUGGAGCGUUUCAUCUCCAUGAACAGAGGCAUUAAUGAUGGAGGAGACCUGCCAGAAGAACUGCUCAGGAAUCUAUAUGACAGCAUCAAGAACGAGCCCUUCAAAAUCCCCGAAGAUGACGGCAAUGACCUGACACACACUUUCUUCAACCCAGACAGAGAGGGCUGGCUGCUCAAACUGGGAGGGGGACGCGUCAAAACCUGGAAAAGACGGUGGUUCAUUCUCACAGAUAACUGCCUUUACUACUUUGAGUACACUACUGAUAAAGAACCAAGAGGCAUCAUCCCUCUGGAAAACCUCAGCAUCCGUGAAGUGGAGGACAAGAAGCCGAACUGCUUUGAGCUCUUCAUCCCUGACAAUAAGGACCAGGUGAUCAAGGCGUGUAAGACCGAGGCGGACGGACGGGUCGUAGAAGGAAAUCACACCUUCUACCGGAUCUCCGCUCCCACCACCGAGGAGAAAGACGAAUGGAUGAACAGCAUUAAGGCGGCCAUCAGUAGAGAUCCUUUCUACGAGAUGCUGGCAGCGAGGAAGAAGAAGGUCUCCUCUAUGAAGAGACACUAGAGCUGCUCAGGACGCUGGAGUUACAGAUUCAGGGCUACUGGAACUGCUCCCCCUUGUGGAGACAGUGAGCUGCGCACAGAGAAAAACAACCCCAGAUUCAGAAAGAAACCAGACCGGAUCAGCGGAAAAGUAUCUCUUUCUAAACAUCUUCUUGCUCAGCUCUAGUGUGUGUGUGUGUGUGUUGGAAGGAAGGAAGUGGGCUUUUUACUUGCUGCUGCUUCCUUGAAACCCCCAAAGAGAACAUUUUUCCUCACACUUAACCAAAAUACGCUUUGUCCUCUUUCUAUGCCUCUCGUCUCUUGCACACGCACACACUCUUGCAUUAUCUGAAAUCAGCAGGUCUGACAGAAUGUGGAAAACCAAACGAAAGCUCCUACACACAAUUCGUGCCGAGGAUAUGUACAGGCAAUAAGUGUAUUUUUAAACUUUUUUAACCGUGCACAAGCUGCUUAGUCCUCAGAGAUUUAUUUGUGUAUUUAAUUGUAAAAACAUUUUCCAAGAGACUUCUAUAAUUUGCAAAGGAAAUCUAACUUUGUAGGGACGGUGGAAAAUCACCCUAUAUGGUUGGUAGAUUAAUUUGCCUUUUACGGUAAAUAGGCAUUUGUUUAUUUUCUUAAGAUGCGACAUGCGUAUUUAGCAUGUUGUGAGAAGCUUCUGCAAUGCUUGGCAGCUGGGUUUGCAGUGUAACACAUGAGCAGAAAGCCUGGAUGGUGGCCAGCUAGGGAUUAUGGGAUAUCACCAUUUCCUGGAAAUCAUGCAUUGGUACUACCUCUCAGACAGACAAGACGUAAUUAGCAUAUUGUAAUGUUUUCUUUUUAAAUUUUACGUGAGUGUUUGGACUUUCACAUAAAAUGCUUUUGAUAAAAUGUAUAAACGUGCCUAAUAACAAUAAAAGUUCAGUUUCAGUGAAGACUGUCAAUGGCAGUUCAAUCAGAAGAUGCUCCAGUGCCUGCUUGCGUUUCUCCAGUCACCUUCCGUUCUUAGGUUUCCAUCGG